AAGUAUAAUCCAAACAACCUACUACACUUCAGUCGGUUAAUGAUAGCGGUGUUAGUUACUUGGACUUCUUCAUUCGUCCAACGUGCUUUAUUCAUUAACUUAUUACUAGUCGUGUUCGAAGAUUCUCGACACCGAAAAUAAUAUACGAGUAAUUAUGCGUUAUAUGAGUAUUUUCGUGUACUGUGCAUAUUUCGCGUUCGCGUUAGUUUUAGCUGAUCGCGAUGAUGUUGUUUUUCCAGACAGUUUGGGAUCUAGAAACAGACAUUUACCUCCUACAUGGCAAAGACCAGCUGCUACACCUUCGGAGUCGCCAAAAUCUCGAUUAUCAAAAUCCAUACCAUUGGAUAUGAUAAUGAGGAUGAACUCAAUUACCAAAGAAGAAGAUUUUAUUAAUCAGUUCAUCGAACCAGAUCCUUUGGAUCGAUUAUCACCCGCCACUAAUCGAGGAGGACAAUCUGGCGAUCCAGAUGGAUUCAGAUCUGCUAAAAGGUUAAGUCGACUCUCAGAAGAUCGCCAGUCAACCAGGGAUACGGAAAUAGAAAGUUCUCACAUAGCUUUGAACUAUGCAAGUUUGGGCAACGGUCGCUUGGGUGAUGGUGCUGCUACUAGUCGGUUUGGUGGUGCUGAAGGAGACAAUCAAAAUGAAAAAAAAGCUCCAUCGCCAAAACCAGCCAAUUGUCAACCUGAGCUGAGAACUGUGAACUUACGAGAUGUCGAAGACCCAACUUUAUUCUACUUCCCAAGCUGUACCAGAGUCGAUAGAUGUGGCGGAUGUUGUUCUCACGAUUUACUCAGUUGCCAGCCUACUAACAUGGAUUAUAAAAAUUUCUCAGUAAUAGUAGCUCAAUACACUGGUAGCAAUAAAUUAGAACCACGUGGUCGAAAAAUAGUCACCGUAGAAACCCAUACAAAAUGUAAAUGUGAUUGCAAGAUUAAAGCCAAAGAUUGUACGUCGUUGCAACAAUACAAUAAAUCAGAAUGUCGUUGCGUGUGUACGAACAAAGAAGCAGAAAUCGCUUGUCAUAAAGAUAAACUCAGGUUAUGGAAUCCUUCGACUUGCUCUUGUCCAUGUCGAGAAACAUUAGAUUGUAGCACUGGACUCGUUUUUGAUGAUAAUUCAUGCAGCUGUGUAGCAUACUCGCAACCAUUCCAACCAUCGUACAAUACUCUUGAUCGUACCAGAUACAGCAUAGGUUACCCACAACAAUAAUGUAAAUUUUUUUCAGUAUUAUUACCGUGUGCCAUUAGAUGAUUUUUUUUUUUGUAAAUUAUUUAUUAUUAUUUAUUCGCAAAGUCAUAUUUGUACAAUUGUGAUUUCCUUGUUCUUUUUUAUUUUGUAAAUUAUUAAUAAAUAAAAAACAAUUCUUUUUUUUAAAAAUAUACAUUUAUUUUAAAA